ACAGGUCCCCCUCAGGUGUUCAGACCCCACGUCCUGCUCCUCCUGCCAUUGGCUGCUCCAGUGACAUUCCCCUCCUCACCGAGGAUUAACGAGGUGAAGGAAUGAAUAGCUGGAGGGGUGAGUGAAUGAAUAGGGACGCGGGAAACACCCAGCGCCGCAGGUCCCGCUUUACGGCGCUGUCUGCUGCUGCUGCCCUGUUUGCGGGCACACUCACGUCUUUGGCCAUCGCGUUGUCCCGUAACAAGGGGAGAGUCCGGCUUGAUACAUGCUGUUAAAGGUGUCCCCAUUGACAUUCCCACACUAAAGGUAGCGGCAGGUUUCUGAGGAUCAGGAUGCGGGUGUACUGCUGUCUACUGCUCUUCAUGGCUCUCAUUGUGUUACUUAUCGCCCCUGCUCAGGGUCAAGUUUCACCUCCACGGAAAUUGCGUUAUACACUGCUGAGUUUUGACAAACUGCUGGUAUCGUGGAAAGAACCACGAGGAGAUUUCGACGGCUAUAUGUUCGUUUAUAAUGCACACCCAGGUGGCAAAGUAACAGAGUCACAGCUGCCCAAGGCAGAGAACAAAGUUGUCAUAGACAACUUCAAUGCCAGUUUGGAGUACAGGACCAAGGUGUUCGCAGUGAGUGGAAACCAGAGGAGUAAACCACUGCAAGGUACAUUCACAGCACAAGAUGUGCGUCCGGAUGAAGGUGUUGAGCCCCAGGGACUAAAGGUGGCCAGUGUGGUUGAGGAAGCCAACAGGAUCACAGAAGGGGACCAGUUCCAGUGUAAGACCCCAUCUGUGGCCGACAUCGUCAUCCUGGUCGAUGGCUCCUGGAGCAUUGGCAGGUUGAACUUCCGCCUGGUGCGUACAUUCCUGGAGAGCUUGGUGAGCGCCUUCAAUGUGGGUUUUGACAAGACACGCAUAGGACUGGCCCAGUACAGCGGGGAUCCCCGGAUUGAGUGGCAUCUGAAUGCCUACAGCACCAAAGAUGCUGUGAUCGAUGCUGCGAGGAACCUGCCGUACAAAGGCGGGAACACGCUGACCGGUCUUGCUCUGACUUACAUUUUGGAGAACAGCUUCAAGCCGGAGUCAGGGGCCAGGCCAGGCAUUCCCAAAAUCGGCAUCCUGAUCACUGAUGGGAAGUCUCAGGAUGAUGUCAUCCCUCCAGCCCACAGCCUUCGAGAGGCGGGCAUUGAGCUUUUCGCCAUUGGCGUCAAGAAUGCAGAUGAGAAUGAGCUGAAGGCCAUCUCCUCGCCUCCCGAGGACACGCACGUCUACAACGUGGCCGACUUCAGCAUGAUGAGCACCAUUGUGGAGAGCCUCACCAAGACCCUGUGCCAGAGGGUGGAGCAACAGGGCAAGGAAAUAACAGGAGAGUCAACGGGGCCAGUAACGCUAGCAUCCCCCCAGGAUUUUCAGACGUCUGAGGUGACUGCCAGGAGCUUCCGGGUGUCCUGGAGCCACCCCUCUGGGACUGUGGAGAAAUACCGAGUGGUGUUCUAUCCCACCAAGGGGGGGACUCCAGACGAGGCCGUGGUGGACGGCAGCGAGAACUCCGUGGUGCUGCAGUACCUGAACUCUCAGACGGAGUACCAGAUCGCCGUAUUCGCAGUCUAUGUCAAUGCCGCGAGCGAAGCCCUGCGCGGCAGCGAGACUACCUUGACCCUGCCUAUGGUGAACGACCUGACGCUCUACGAUGUGACCCACAACAGCCUCCGUGCUCGUUGGAAGGGCGUCGAUGGUGCCACUGGCUACAUGAUCCUGUACGCCCCGCUAAGUGAUUCCGGAGUAGCUGAUGAGAAGGAGGUGAAGGUGGAGGAGUCUGUCACGGAUAUCGAGCUGGAGAAGCUGAUUCCUUCCACCGAAUACACUGUGACUGUGUACGUCAUGUAUGGGGAGGAGGCCAGCGACCCCAUGACUCACCAGGAGACCACAUUGCCCGUCAUGGCACCUCGUAACCUCCAGAUAUCCAACGUUGACCACAGCUCUGCCAGACUGACGUGGGAGGCCACAUCAAAGAAGGUCCUGGGCUACCGCAUCUUGUAUGUGAAGACCAAUGAUGUCCGGACCACUGAGGUGGAUGUGGGCCAGGUCACCACACUGCAGUUGAGGAACCUGACUUCGAACACAGAGCACACGGUGGCCGUCUUCGCUCUCUAUGAGGACGCCCAGGCGGAACCCCUUACCAAGAGCUUCACGACCAGGCCCGUUCCUGCCCCGAGCGGCGUCCGGACCAGCGAUGUGACUACGGACAGCUUCCGGGUCAGCUGGAAGGCCACUGCUUCAGAUGUUCUGCUGUACAAGCUGUCUUGGUGGCCCCAUGAUGAACCGCAGAAGGAGGAGAGGAUUGUGAAUGGAAUGACAGCCGUGUUGACCAACUUACGGCCAGUCACAGAGUACGUGGUCUCCCUGUCAGCCAUCUUCCCAGAUGGGACGGAGAGUUCACCAGUCACUACCCUGACCACGACAUUGGCAAGAACGACAACUACCGCAACGACGACAUCAGUGGCACGACAGGGUGUGAGAAACCUUCGCCUGGAUGAGGAGACCACCUUCAGCAUGCAGGUGUCCUGGGAGCUCCAAGACCCCAACGUGCGACAGUACCGUGUGACCUAUGUCAGUGCCAGAGGCGACCGCGCUGAGGAAGUGCUCAUGGUCCCCGGCCGACAGAACAGUGUCCUGCUGCAGCCUCUGCUCUCCGACACUGAAUACAAAGUGACCGUGACCCCAGUCUACGCCGGCACUGACGGGCUCAGUGUGUCCCGCGUGGGCCAGACCUUACCGCUCAUGGCGCCCAAGAACCUGAGGGUCUCGGAGGAGUGGUACAACCGCUUCCGCAUCAGCUGGGAUACACCUCCAUCGCCGACCAUGGGCUACAGGGUGGUCUACCAGCCAAUCUCCACUCCCGGACCAGCCCUGGAAACAUUUGUGGGGGAGGAUGUGAACACCAUGCUGAUUCUGAACCUGCUGAGUGGAACGGAGUACAGCGUGAAGGUCAUCUCCACCUACACCACAGGCUCCAGCGACGCCCUGGCCGGAAAGGCCAAGACGUUGUACCUGGGUGUGACCAACCUGAACAUCUACCAGGUUCGGAUGAAGAGCAUGUGUGCGCAGUGGCAGCCGCAUCGCCAUGCCACCCGCUACCGCGUCGUCAUCGAGUCCCUGCUGAAUGGACAAAAGCAGGAAGUGAGUCUGUCUGGGGGGGCCUCCAGACACUGCUUCCACAACCUACACCCAGACACCCAGUAUAAGAUCAGCAUCUACUCCCAGCUCCCGGACCUGGAGGGGCCGGCUGUCACCGUCAUCGACAGCACCUUGCCUGUCCCCCCCCAGCCGACAACUGCGGCCCCGACAACCACGCCCCCUCCCACAAUCCCUCCUGCUAAAGAAGUCUGCAAAGCAGCCAAGGCUGACCUGGUCUUCUUGGUGGACGGGUCCUGGAGCAUCGGGGAUGACAACUUCCAGAAAAUCAUCCGCUUCCUGUACAGCACGACCGGCGCCCUGGACAGGAUCGGCUCCGAUGGCACUCAGGUGGCCAUCGCUCAGUUCAGUGACGACGCCAGGACAGAAUUCAAGCUCAGUGCCUAUGAUGAGAAGGAGACAUUGUUGGCUGCCAUUCAGAGCAUCUCAUACAAGGGAGGAAAUACCAAGACCGGCAGGGCCAUAAAGCACGUGAAGGACUCCAUCUUCACCCCAGAGGGGGGAAUGAGGAGGGCCAUCCCCAAAGUGCUGGUGGUGCUUACCGACGGCCGCUCCCAAGAUGACGUCAGCAUGGUGUCCAAGGAGAUGCAGAUGGAGGGCUACGUCGUCUUCGCCAUCGGCUUCGCGGAUGCCGACUACGGGGAGCUGGUGAGCAUUGCCAGCAAGCCCAGUGAACGACAUGUCUUCUUUGUGGACGACCUGGAUGCCUUCAAGAAGAUCGAGGAAAAGCUGGUGACGUUUGUGUGUGAAGCUGCCUCAGCGACUUGUCCAUCUGUACGGAUGAAAGGUGGCACCAUGGCAGGCUUCCAGAUGAUGGGAAUGUUUGGACUGACAGAGAACCAAUACGGGAGUGUGGAAGGAGUUUCUAUGGAACCUGGAACCUUCAACAGCUUCCCAUGCUAUCGGCUGCACAGAGAUGCCCUCAUCAGUCAACCAACAAGGUCUCUUCACCCUGAAGGCUUGCCCUCAGAUUACACCAUCACAGUACUGUUCCGCCUGUUGCCCGACACUCCCCAGGAGCCCUUUGCGUUGUGGGAGAUCCUCAACCAGGCCAAUGAGCCUCUGGUCGGGGUCAUCCUGGACAAUGGUGGGAAAACCCUCACGUUUUUCAACUAUGACUAUAAAGGAGACUUUCAGACUGUGACGUUUGAAGGCCCAGAGAUCAGAAAGAUCUUCCAUGGCAGCUUUCACAAGAUCCACGUGGCCGUCAGCAAGGUCACCGCCAAAGCGUUCGUCGACUGUAAACUGGUGGGUGAGAAGUCCAUCAACGCAGCAGGAAACAUCACCACGGAUGGGCUGGAGGUGCUGGGCAGGAUGGUCCGGUCCCGGGGGAGCAGAGACAACUCGGCGCCCUUUCAGCUGCAAAUGUUUGACAUCAUCUGCAGUUCUUCGUGGGCUAGCAGGGACCAGUGCUGUGAGCUUCCAGGUCUUAGAGAUGAGGAACAGUGUCCAGCGCUGCCUCACGCCUGCACAUGUUCCCAGGACAGUAAAGGUCCCGCAGGACCCCCAGGACCCCCGGGAGGUCCUGGGGCCAGAGGUGCUAGAGGAGACCGAGGGGAACCAGGGCUGGUGGGCCCACAGGGUCUAGUAGGUGACAUUGGACCACCAGGUCCUCAGGGACUUCCGGGACCCCAGGGCCCAAGCGGCGUGUCCAUUCAGGGGCCACCGGGCACUGCGGGAGAGAAAGGCGAGAGGGGAGAUGUCGGUUCUCCGGGCCCACAGGGGGUACCGGGACCACCUGGCUUACCUGGGCGGGAUGGACCAGCGGGACAAAGGGGACUGCCUGGAAAAGAUGGUCCCCCCGGACUCCCUGGCCCCACAGGAACCAUUGGACCACCUGGAGGUCCUGGACAGCCUGGAUCAAACGGACCUCCUGGACCCCUGGGAGAUCAGGGACUACCUGGUUCUCCUGGAGUCCGGGGAGAGAAGGGUGAACGGGGAGAUGCGCAGUCGCAGGCAGCCGUGCAGGCCAUCGCCCGGCAGGUGUGCGAGCAGCUCAUUCAGAGUCACAUGAGCCGGUACAACUCCAUCCUGAACCACAUCCCCAGUCAACCUGUCUCCGUGCGCACCAUCCCAGGGCCCCCUGGAGAGCCAGGGCGCCAGGGCUCCCCGGGGCCCCAAGGAGAGCAGGGCCCCCCCGGCCGACCCGGGUUCCCAGGGAGCAAUGGGGUGAAUGGGCAGCCGGGAGAGAGAGGUUUGUCAGGAGAGAAAGGCGAAAGGGGUAAUCCAGGGGUGGGAAUCCAGGGCCCCAGGGGCCCCCAAGGGCCUCCAGGAUCCCCUGGAGAGGGCCGCACAGGCAGCCAGGGACCCCUUGGUCGCCCUGGCAACCCUGGAACCCCUGGUCGACCGGGCAUCCCCGGUCCCACUGGUCCGGCUGGCCCCCCUGGAUACUGUGACCAAAACUCCUGCCUGGGGUACAACGUAGGAGGUAAUUAUCAAUGGGCUGCUCUGACCUGACAGCUAGUGGUCAUGUGGUCUCUGCAUGUGCAGUAGUUAUGUACAGCAGUGUUAUUCAUUGUGUUGAGCCUGCAGCCUUGAAUUCCAUCAGAACUUUGAAGCUGUCUGUUAAGCCCAAGAAACAGAGGCGAGACACACUCCCUGUUUUUUGGGAAUGGCUUUAAGCUCAAAGUUUUGAGUCAUUUUUCUUUGUGUCUUCAUAGCACUUUCAUUCUAGUCUGUAGAUCAGUGUUUCCCAAUCCAGUCCUCAGGGACCCACAGCUGGGAGCUGGGAGGGAGCAAAAAUGUGGACUGUCUGUGAGUCCCAGAGGACUGGAUUAGAAACACUGCUGUAGACAUCUGUGCAUGUAACUCACUGUUUUCGGGUGCAGAGCUGACAGACAAAAUGAAUCAGGCAUUACAAAUGUCGCCGCUUCAGACUCCUGAAGGAAAUGAAGUUCAGCAUUUCUAUAAUGUUGCAAAGACAAAUCAUAUCACUCUGUUUUUCUGAGUGUAACCCAUGUGUUACAUUAUGGUUAUAGCUAUACUUCAUUAUUCCAGCCAUUUAAAGGUAUUUCCUUCAUAUCUCUAAAUGCACUGAAGACAGAGCGGGCGGGCUGUAGGUAGAGUGCGGGCAGGCUGUAGGUAGAGACCGGGCAGGCUGUAGGUAGAGUGCAGGCAGGCUGUAGGUAGAGUGCGGGCAGGCUGUAGGUAGAGUGCGGGCAGGCUGUAGGUAGAGUGCGGGCAGGCUGUAGGUAGAGAGCGGGCAGGCUGUAGGUAGAGUGCGGGCAGGCUGUAGGUAGAGACCGGGCAGGCUGUAGGUAGAGUGCGGGUAGGCUGUAGGUAGAGUGCGGGUAGGCUGUAGGUAGAGUGCGGGCAGGCUGUAGGUAGAGAGCGGGCAGGCUGUAGGUAGAGUGCGGGUAGGCUGUAGGUAGAGAGCGGGCAGGCUGUAGGUAGAGACCGGGCAGGCUGUAGGUAGAGUGCGGGUAGGCUGUAGGUAGAGUGCGGGUAGGCUGUAGGUAGAGUGCGGGCAGGCUGUAGGUAGAGACCGGGCAGGCUGUAGGUAGAGUGCGGGCAGGCUGUAGGUAGAGACCGGGCAGGCUGUAGGUAGAGUGCGGGUAGGCUGUAGGUAGAGUGCGGGUAGGCUGUAGGUAGAGUGCGGGCAGGCUGUAGGUAGAGUGCGGGCAGGCUGUAGGUAGAGACCGGGCAGGCUGUAGGUAGAGUGCGGGCAGGCUGUAGGUAGAGUGCGGGCAGGCUGUAGGUAGAGUGCGGGCAGGCUGUAGGUAGAGUGCAGGCAGGCUGUAGGUAGAGUGCAGGCAGGCUGUAGGUAGAGUGCAGGCAGGCUGUAGGUAGAGUGCAGGCAGGCUGUAGGUAGAGUGCAGGCAGGCUGUAGGUAGAGUGCAGGCAGGCUGUAGGUAGAGUGCAGGCAGGCUGUAGGUAGAGUGCAGGCAGGCUGUAGGUAGAGUGCAGGCAGGCUGUAGGUAGAGUGCAGGCAGGCUGUAGGUAUAAUGUCCUGUUUUAAAGGACAUUUGAAAUGAGUAAAAUCAGUAUGUGUGUGAGGGGGGGUGGGGGAAUCAUGACAAAUAUAUCAGCCCUAGGAGGGCGCUGUCAAAAAAGUUUGAAUACCACUGACUUAAUGAACUGUAAAUAAAAUCAUAUGUGUAGUAAACGCUUGCUUAGUGCUGGAAUUAAAAUGUUACAGUAGAGCUUUACAAAGAGCACCCUGUUUCCUUCCCGUAAUUCGGAUACGAUGUCUCUGUGGUCCGGUGUGACAUGUAUGCAUCGUUAAUGCAUGAUGGAGUCUCACCGCAUCAGACAAGAGUGCUUCGUCGUGUCCAGGUCAUGGUGUUCGUGGGAGCACCGACCCUCGCCGCGGCACUCUAACUGCAUGGGGUGUUUGUUUUGGUUAGACAGGUUAUGGUUAGCUGAUGCUUAAUGUCACACGGUCAGUAACUGGGACGCAUGCUGGUGCCUGAUUGACGGGUCAUCUGUGUCUCUGUCUGUCUCUAAAUUGUUCUAACUCAAGGCCGACGUCAGUAUGAGAAUGACUACUGAGCACCACCCCCCCAGCACCGGCCACACUCUGUCAUGAAAGACAAAAACAGGGACCAGCAGGAGAGUCGGCUCAGGGUUGUGUCCAAAACUACUCAUGGACCACCAAGCACACCUGUUUAUGUCCACCCCACUGUCAAUUUACCCAGCAGCCUCGAUGGCCGAGUAUACUGGCGUAUGUUAAGAUCUUCAGAGGAAUACUUCAAGAUGAAAAGAAAGAAACUGAUGGACCCUCACCAGUUAGGCUUGCGGUGUUUACCGCCAUUCAAACCACACAUUUGUAUGGGGCGCCCGUUGGCCAUAAACAAUCAGAAGGCUAAAUAUUAAAUCGACACGUUCCUUAUUUAGGAGAUGCAGACGCAGCAUGUUCUGCUAACCAGCUAGCCAGCUACUAUCUUCUGACCCCCCUUGCUAGCUGCUUAUUUAAUUUUUGAAACAUCUGACGUGGUGCCAAGUGACAUUUUCAGUGAGGCCCCAAAAACAGCAAACACCAUGCUACGGGAAAGGCUAUAGAUGACUGUUCUAUCUGUGGCUGCUGGUAUGUUGUUAUUAAGUGUCCUUUCGUCUUCAUACUCACUCCUCUGUCUGUCAUGCUAACCUGGACACUGGGUGGUGAUGGUUAUAAGACGGACAUGAUGGUGACCCAACUUACUAAGAUGUUCCCAUAGUACAAUUGGCUCCUGAACCCUACCAGCCCUAUGAUAAUGAGGAGGACCCAUAUGAGGGGUACAGAGGCUACCCCCAUGAGUACUACCAACCCAACUACCCCGCCCCCCGACCCGUGGAACCCGAGUCUGAGCCCUUUCCCACAGAGGACACUGUGGAGGUGAGAUCUCCUGGGAUGCAUCGCUUCUCCAGGAGUCUGUCUGGGAAGAAGGUCCCCACUGCUGCAAUGGGGAGAAGAGCAAAGAGGGAAGACUGGAAAUCACUGUUGCCCAACUGAAGUAUUCGAACAUGCACACGUCCCGGAAGAAAGGAGAGGAGGACAGAGAAAACGAUGGCCAGAGGAACUGUCCCGUCACGUCAGGUCCAAGUCAAGAGGUGGCUGGAGCGAAGACUUGUGCAGAAGUAAAAAUGUGGUCAAUUUUAAUGUUCUCAAAGGUGCGUGGGAUUUGGAGGCAAUGUGAAAGCUAAUUGUAUAAAUGGGGUGUUCAUUGAUGUGUACUAAUCUUUUGUAAAUGACCAACAGAGAGCAUUUGUACAGCUUGUGUAGUAUUAUAAAUAAUACCCUCAGUAUUUCCCUACUGUUUCUUCAUUUCCAGGUAGGCAGAAUAGAUUAGGCUUUUAUUUUGAAGCAGUGUUGCAUUAUGGGGCAUCCAUUAAACACAGACAACCACAGUACCUUCAAUUACAAGCAGAGUAGUGAAAUACAGUUUUUUAUAAUGAGAAAAUAAGCACUCUUUUGUCCUGCCUUAAGGGUAUUUUUUUGACACUAUUCUUAUGUUAUUUUUAAGCAAAUAAAAGGGAGGUUAAACUACAA